AUAAUGCUGGACUUUCUUUGUGUGUAGAAGAAUUCAUAGCAAAAUCCCCUACAACUGAGGGGUCUCCCACACACAAAACACUCCCUAUAAAGACUGAGAGCCAGGACAGUAAAUCACACAGCAAGUCCAGCUUGAGUGAUUCACAUCAUCCAACAGACUCUCUAUUAAUUCAUCUAGAUAUCCAGUAAAAUAUGACUGCCUCUCGCUACAUCAUUUUCUCCGCAGUUGUGGUGCUUCUGGCCUCAAUUACCCUCAGUGAAGGUUUUCGUAUUGGACCAAAGAGAUGCUGUUUUUCCUUUACGGACCGUCCCCUGCCCAUCAAAUUAAUUGUUGAGUACAGUAUGACAAGCCAGCAGUGCCCCAAUGAAGCCGUGCUAUUCAAGACAGUUAAAGGGCGUCAGAUGUGUGCCAGACCCACUGACUCAUGGGUUCAGGGGCACAUCAAGACUCUUGACAGCAAGCGCAUUGGUAGCCAGGGGAAUUUGUAACCAUGAUGGACUGCGUCCUCUGCUUUCUGAAUCUGUUUGAAAGCUUCUAAUUGUGGAGCAUCCUGAGAGGAGCUACAUAUGAGAAUAAAAAACCAAAAAAAAAAAACGCAAUUCCUGCACUCACCGACAAACGCAUUGUCACUAAUUGAUCAGCACACUGAAGCUAUGGGUUACUGAUCCAGAAUGUAUCUAAGUGUCUCUUUUCCCUGUUGUUUGAAUUGUUUACCUUUUUGACUUGUCUGUUAUUUAUCUUACUAAUGUAUUUCUAAAGAGAGUUUUCCCUGCUGAUACAGUAUUACAGACUAUAGCCUAAAAUAAUUAUAUGAUACAUAAUGGAAUAUAUAGAUUCUGACUAUUUCUAUAAAGG